CUUUUCAGGAUCAACAUGGGUAUUGGAAAUGUGGUCAUCCUGAAUGACUUUGAGUCCAUCAAGACGUUCAUGACCAGGAAAGACAUGGUUCACCGUCCCUCUGAUUGGAUCAUCAGGCAUUCCGGAAUUCUGGGUGUGGCGACACUCAACGGCAAACCCUGGGUCGACAACAGACGGGUCUGCUUAAAUGCCCUGAGGGAACUUGGCAUUGGCCAGACGUCUAUGAAGGAACGCGUUCGGGAGGAAUGCCAGUACUUGGUCAAGCGGAUAGCCGACUGGGCCGGCGUUCCGAACCUUCUGGAAGAGUACCUGAAGCCGAGCGUGUCGAACAACAUCACGGCUCUGGUAUUCGGUCGUCGCUACGACUACGACGACGCCAGACGCAAGUACAUGGACGACCGCCUCGACGAAACCAUCGACGUUCUGACUCAAGACUCCAUAGUCUCGGUGCUACCCCUGUGGGCGUUCAACCUGAUGGCGCUCAUUCCGUCUUCCACGUGCAACUUCAUCAAAAGUCUUGGACAUAAUCUCCUCCAGUAUACCAGAAAUCAAGUCAAGGAAUAUCGGGAGUCACAGACAGAAAAGGGAGAUUGGCAUUUCAUCGACAGUUAUUUGAAGACAAUCAAGGAACACGAAGAUGAUUCGAAUUCCAGUUACACAAUGGAUCACCUCUUGGGAAACGUGCUCAGCUUCUUUGUCGCCGGCUCCACGACAGUCCGCUCGGCGAUACAGUGGAACGUGCUGUACCUUGCCUCUCAGCCCGACAAUCUACAGUUGAUGAUUCAGCGCGAAAUCGACGAAGUGGUCGGCAAAGAUCGGUCGCCAUCGUGGGAAGACCACGAAAAUAUGCCUCUCACCGUGGCCACCAUAUGGGAGAUGUUCCGCUGGAGGACUGACUCAACUUUUGGCGGACCACGAGAGAUAAUCGAAGACAUCGUCGUCGGCGAGUACAGCAUACCCAAGGGAACGAUGCUCCUGCCCAAUGUCCGGGCUGUACACAGCGAUCCCAGGCUGUGGAAGAACCCAGAAGAUUUUGACCCAUUCCGGUUUCUGAGUGAAGACGGCACGUGUCUCGUCCCGAAGCCAGAAUACCUGAUUCCCUUUUCACUUGGAAGGCGAAUGUGUCCCGGAGAAAUCCUCGGCAUGGCGGAGGUCUUCCUCUACGUGGCGUCCAUCUUUCAGCGAUUUCGGGUUUUGCCCCAGGAAGGCGUGAACAUCAACCUCGCCCCGAGGAGCCAGAAUUUCCACGUUCCGUUCCCGCAGAAGUUGCGCUUUGUUCCGCGGUGUGCAGACAACGUCAGACCUCUCUGAAUGGCGCUUUGUAUAGUCAUGAAGGACCAAUGUAAACGAAGAUCUGCCAGC